AGCGUGCCAGGACCGUUUCCGGGGCCUGGCCGGGGCGUUGCCGCGGGGUCGGGCGCCAGCGCGAGUGCUGAGUCACGCCCCGCCCGGGAGCGCCUCGGGUCGGUAACUCGGGAAGACUACCAAGCGGGAGCAGGAGCCGGAGCGAGAGCGCGCGGGCGCGGCCGGCAGGUGAGAUCGCGCCGCCGGGCUGGCUCUGGAGACCCCGGGCGCCCCGGGCGGGGCGGGGACCCGGAAGAGGGGCGAGCGGAUCAGAGGCCUGGCUCACGCCGCGUCUGGCGUGGGGAGGUUGGUGCGCGCAGUUGUGGCGCUGCGAGGAGAGGGAUACUCGGCUCAGGCCCGCCGCUCUCCGUCUCCCCAAAAAACGCAACAGGGAGAUUUGCUCCUGGCCGAGGGCAAAGAAAACUCCACCCUCCUGGUUUGGCCCCUAAAUCCCUGCUAAGUUUUCCUAAGGAAGAUGGGCUUAGGCCGGGAAGGGCGAACAGGGGAAGAGGGAACACGGGGCGGGUGUAACCCGGAUCCUGCGAGGACCGUCCGAGGGUCCGCUGGGUAGAAGCUGCCGGUCCGGACAGAAGGACAGAAGCAGGUGUGAGAGGAAAGGGAGAAACCUCAGUCUCUAAGAGGAAAGAAACUGGAGUUACCCCAGUGCCCAUAGGCUCGGAGGGGGUGGGGGGUGCAGCACGAGGAGGUCUGCUUCUCCCUUCCCGAAGCCCUGGGUGCUGCGGGGACAAAGACCAGUGGUGAGUAAACUGACUCUGAUGGGACGCGUGCAGUCCACCUGGAACUGAAUUAGUGGCCGAUAUUGGGGCUCUCCUUCCAACACCACCUGAUCAACACACCCUGCCUUUCCCUACAACGAGAGUCUUUUUGACCCUGGAAUUUAAGGUGAGGAUGGGGAGGGGUGAGGUCUCUUGGGGGCUGAUGAUCCUGUAGGAGGACAGGCAUAGGGCAGAGAGUGAGAUAUAGUUUGGGAUGGGACUUGCAGGUUUCUGGACUGUGCACCUGUGUUCAAAAGCCUGUAUCAGGUUCCAGUGUGCGUGCGUGCACCUGCCAGAGAGCCCCGGGAUCUCAGAUGACACCUGUCCUCACCCCAGCACCUAGAGAGGAGUUCUCCAAGGAGCACAGUGUGUCACCAAGAAGAGGGCACUGAGCCCCAGCCAGGGUGAGCUGGGCAGGCUCAACACUACCCAGCCCAGAAGUGAUGGGCUGGGUAGGCCGGUGGACUCCAGGGCCAGCCUGACUUUUGUCUGGUGGCGAAAUGAAGCCAGCGUCCAGGUACAGGUGGUGGGCAGACCAUGGGGACCACAAAGUAACUGGCUCUGAGGUGGAUGAACAAAUUGCUUGGCCUAGGUUUUCUGUGUGGGAGUGAAUAUGACAUCCAGAUGAACCUGUCUGCCCCAGAGCUGCCAUCUCCUGGGGAUAAAAGGAGGCUGCCUCCCUUCAGACUUUGAGUCCCUUUUCAGAAAUUGGUCUUUUUGGGGUUCUGUUCUUCAAGUAGUCCCUGAGGGGCUGGCCAUGGAGUGUCCCAGGGAGGGAGGCCGCCCAACCCUCUCCAUCCUGCUGUGUCCCCCAGGUGGAGGAAACUUCCAUGGUGCUGUGAGUCGUGCUGUAGUUGCCCUCUCAUCCGGGAUGGCCACUCUGGGAAUGUGACUCUCCAGAGGCUGAUGUUGAAACCUACCCUUUGCGUGAGCCAUGACGACUCAAAAAGCAUCGUGUUUUAUUUGUAAUAUUUGUGAAGCAAUACUGGAGCAAUUCUGGGAUGACAUUCUUGCUUUGAUCAGAGCCCACACGGUUCCUGCUGUGUGUCUUCUGAGGCACAACCUCUGAACAGCUUUGGCAUAAAUGUAACUUCCUGGUUUUUCAGUAGUCCUAUGGGCUGCUUGUUGUGGAAGAAUACCCUUGAGAUCAGGGUGGACGCUCUUGGCAGAGAAAACAGGAUUGACUGAGCAAAUUUUUGUGUAAAUCAGAUUGUGUGUGUGUGUGUCUGUGUGUAUGUGUCUUGUGGGAGGGAGCAAAGGUAAAGUUACUGAGGAGUUCCUGGACAAUCAGGGUUUGUUCCGUUCUCUUAGGCCUUCUUUUAAGCUAACAUUCCUGAAUCUAGACACACGUAGUUAAGAUUCUCUGUGAUUCCCACUGGGGCUUUGGUGUUCAGUUCAAAAUCAGAUGGUGGAUUUAGCAGUUCCUCAAAAAGUUAAACUUCGAGUUACCAUAUGACCCAGCAAUUCCACACCUAAAUAUGUACUAAAGAGGACUGAAGACCGGUUCACACAAAAACCUGUACACAAAUGUCCAUAGUGGCGUUAUUCACAUAGUCAAAAGGUGGAAACAACCCAAGUGCCCGUCAGCUGAUGAGUGGAUAAAUAAAAUGUGGUCUAUUCAUACACCAGUAAUGGACUGUUAUUCAGCCAGGAAAAGGAAUAAAGCACUGAUAACAUGCUACAACUCGGAUGAACCUUGAAAACAUUAUGAUCAGUGGAAGACGUCGCAAACGAAAAGCCACAUAGUGUAUAAUUCCAUCUACAUGAAUUGUCUAGAAAAGACAAAUCUAUAGAGACAGAAAGAACAUUAAUAGCUGCCCAGGGCUAGGGUAGGUGGGGUACAGCAUUUAUUUUGGGGGUGAUGGAAGUGUUCUGGAAUUAGAUAGUUGUGAUGGUUGCACAACCUGGUGAAUACACUAAAACCUACUGAACUUACAUCUCUUUUUUUGAAAUUUAAAUUAAAAAAAAAUUUUUUUUGAGACAGAGUCUUGCUCUGGCGCCCAGGCUGGAGUGCAGUGGCAUGAUCAUGGCUCAUUGCAACCUUGAUCUCCUAGGCUCAAGCGGUCUCCCACCUCAGCCUCCUGAUGAUACCAGGGACCACAGGCAUGUGCCACCAUGCCUGGCUAAUUUUUUGUAUUUUUUGUAGAGAUGGGGUUUUACCAUGCUGCCCAGGCUGGUCUGGAACUCCGGAGCUCAAGCAGUCUGCCUGCAUUGGCCUCCCAAAGUGUUGGGAUUACAGGUGUGAGUCAGCCUACAUCUCAUUUUUUUUUUUUUUUUUUUAAAGAUGGGGUCUCAUCUAGGCUGGAGUGCAGUGGUGUAAUCAUAGCUCACUGUGAACUUACAUCUUAAGUGGUAAAUUGUAUAUGUGAAUUCUAUUUUGAUUAAAAAAUUAGAUGGUGAACAGUCCGUCCUAUUAUUAAAGACAUUAUUUCUGCAAAAAUGACAUAUGCUUGUUUGAAAAAAAUUCAAACAAUACAAAAGCUUAAGGAAGAAAACAAAAACAUCAUCUAUGACCACUAUUAGCAUUUUGGUUCAGAGAGCAGGUUUGAUGUGUUGAGAAUUGAACUUGGGCAAGUUGUUGAACUUUCUUCCAAAAUAAGGAGAAAAAACUCACACCUUAAAUCGAAGAUAUGAGCAAAAGUGCAACAGAUGCUAACUGCUGUAAUCAUUGCCUGUAUAUGUGUAUACAUACCGAGGUGGAUGUGUCUUAUUGGCCAUAAAUGGGAUUAGAUCUUACAUGUGGUUCUGUGGCCUGACUUUUUGGGACUGGGCAAACUAAUCUGCAAUAUAUAUUUUAUAUAUAUAUAUAUAAAAUAAGUGGCUGCUAUGUAUUCAUUGCUACUGUGUGCCAGGCACCAUGUUAAAAUGCUUUACUUAAAUGAUCUCAUUGAAUCUUUUCUACAGCUCGAAAUCACAGUGGCUCACAUCUGUAAUUCCAGUGCUUCGGUAGGCUAAGGCAGGAGGAUCCCUUGAGGGGCUAGGAGUUCAAGAUCAGCCUAGGCAACAUACAGUGCCUGGUUCAAGAUGGGGUCCCAGGUCUCAGUGGAAUCAGGAGCUCUGCACGUGGUGAUUGUGGGUGGGGGCUUUGGCGGGAUCGCAGCAGCCAGCCAGCUGCAGGCCCUGAACGUCCCCUUCAUGCUGGUGGACAUGAAGGACUCCUUCCACCACAAUGUGGCUGCCCUCCGAGCCUCCGUGGAGACAGGGUUCGCCAAAAAGACAUUCAUUUCUUACUCGGUGACUUUCAAGGACAACUUCCGGCAGGGGCUGGUGGUGGGGAUAGACCUGAAGAACCAGACGGUGCUGCUGCAGGGCGGCGAGGCCCUCCCCUUCUCUCAUCUUAUCCUGGCCACGGGCAGCACUGGGCCCUUCCCGGGCAAGUUUAAUGAGGUUUCCAGCCAGCAGGCCGCUAUCCAGGCCUAUGAGGACAUGGUGAGGCAGGUCCAGCGCUCACGGUUCAUCGUGGUGGUGGGAGGAGGCUCGGCUGGAGUGGAGAUGGCAGCAGAGAUUAAAACAGAAUAUCCUGAGAAAGAGGUCACUCUCAUUCACUCCCAAGUGGCCCUGGCUGACAAGGAGCUCCUGCCCUCCGUCCGGCAGGAAGUGAAGGAGAUCCUUCUCCGGAAGGGCGUGCAGCUGCUGCUGAGUGAGCGGGUGAGCAAUCUGGAGGAGCUGCCUCUCAAUGAGUAUCGAGAGUACAUCAAGGUGCAGACGGACAAAGGCACAGAGGUGGCCACCAACCUGGUGAUUCUCUGCACCGGCAUCAAGAUCAACAGCUCCGCCUACCGCAACGCGUUUGAGAGCAGACUGGCCAGCAGUGGUGCUCUGAGAGUGAACGAGCACCUCCAGGUGGAGGGCCACAGCAAUGUCUACGCCAUUGGUGACUGUGCUGACGUGAGGACGCCCAAGAUGGCCUAUCUUGCCGGCCUCCACGCCAACAUCGCCGUGGCCAACAUCGUCAACUCCGUGAAGCAGCGGCCUCUCCAGGCCUACAAGCCGGGUGCACUGACGUUCCUCCUGUCCAUGGGGAGAAAUGACGGCGUGGGCCAAAUCAGUGGCUUCUAUGUGGGCCGGCUCAUGGUUCGGCUGACCAAGAGCCGGGACCUGUUCGUCUCUACAAGCUGGAAAACCAUGAAGCAGUCUCCACCCUGAUGGAGAGGCCGGGCGGGAGACGAGCUACUGCAGCAGGUGGGCAUACGGACUGCUUGGCACAUGGCACCCGCCUGGCAAGUGCUAGAACUAAUGCUGUUCUUCUGGAAUAAGAUGCCAAUGAUGUGGUGGCCAGAAAUGCAACUUGUAUAAAACAAAAAUGGAGAGAGAGAGGCAUUAAACAAAUACCCCCCUUAGUGGAUGCUUUCUGGGUUUGGAAGGUGUGCUUGCCGUGGUACUGGCUGAGCGGCUCAUGUGUGCUGGCUGCAUGGUGCUGGGGAGGCCACAGCCAGCCUUCCCUCUGCACCUGCCUCCUCUGGGAUGUGCAUGCAUGUGCACGUGUUUGUGGUCAUGACGUGUGCCAUUUAGAGCUCUCAGAGUAGGGCAGAGAGCUGGGCUCUGGUAGCCAGUGUCUGUCUGUGAGGGCAGGAAGGAGAGCUGCACAUUGAGAACAAAGGAGGGACCUGAGGUGGAGAUGCCCUUCACCCCAAAUCUCUGCCAUCACAUGGUCAGGGAGCCCAUACAUUCUGCAACAACCAGGGACUUCACAGGAGCCUUGUUUUCAAUUUGCUAACGGGAGCAUAAUCCCUGUACUCCUCAAGCCUCAUGGCCUUCCUACAUUUCCACUUUAUUUGUUUGUUUAUUUGAGACAGAGUCUCGCCCUGUCACCCAGGCUGGAGUGCAGUGGCAGGAUCUCAGCUCACUGCAACCUAUGCCUCCUGGGUUCACGUGAUUCUCUUGCCUUAGCCUCCCAAGUAGCUGGGACUACAGGCGCGUGCCACCAUGCCUGGCUAAUUUUUGUAUUUUUUUUAGUAGAGACGGGGUUUCACCGUGUUGGCCAGGCUGGUCUUGAACACCUGACCUCAGGUGAUCCAUUCAUCUCGGCCUCUGGAAGUGCUGGGAUUCCAGGCGUGAGCCACUGCAGCCAGCACAUUUCCACUUUUAGAUCCUAACUCCAUAGCAUAGGUUUCAUUUAAGAAGAAAGAGCUAGAUAAAUGUUCCCUUCUGGUUACCCCACCCUGACAGAGUGUGUUUUUACACGGCUAGCAGGGGUUGAGACUGCAGCCUGGCCUGCUAGCCACCGGAGGUGUUUAAGGAAGGGCAGAUAAUGUGACUCUUUGUGGGGUGCCAUCUGCUUACCCAUUAGCGAGCAGAGGGGGUUUCUGCGGGUGACCCCCAGCAUAUUUCUAGGUUACUUAUGGGCAGAUUUGUAAGUGACAAAACUCCAGCUGAUGCUGGGAAUGGGGAGAGGGCCCUCCAGGGACUUUGUGGUUUUGUGCUUCUGGUUUCCUGGCCAACCCCAGGGUCACUCGUCUGGAGGACCAGCUGGGCACUAAUGUCUGUCACCGACUAUGUUAUGGUGUAUAAAUGACUCCUCUAUUUGGGAGAGAUCUUCCAAUCCAGGGACCGCCUGGGUUAAAUCUGCAUAGCAGAAGUGGUUGAUGAGUUCAUCUGAAGAAAUUCAGGCCCUACCUCCCCACCCUGCCCCUCCCUGCUCCCUUUUGAUGGUGGCCUCUGGGUACUUGGGCAGAGUCCUUGGGACACCAGCCUCUCUGGGGUUCUCAGGCCAUCCCAUUGGGGCUGUCACCCAGGCCUAAGUGAGUCGUGUGCCUCUAUUGGAGGAUGGCUGUUCCCCUGGUGGUUACAUCCAAGGAUCUGUCUUUAUGGACCACGAACGGAAGCCUACCUUCCCAGAGGCAGGACCUUUGGUCUGAGAAACACAGGCCCUGGUGCUAUCUGACCUGGGGUCCAGCGAGGUGGGAAUCCCAGUGUGUCAGUGACAGGCCUUGUUCUAUUGAUUUACAAAAUUCUAGAAGGACCUACGUGUGGGGACACAGUUUUCCAAACUGAGGAAAAUGUUGCAAUAAAAGAAUAUGUUGUAAGAAA